AUGUGGAAACUCCCGUCCGUGGCCUUGAAUCUACCCCCACGACGACCCGCUGCUCUGAGCCCUGCCUUCGCUGGCGGGACGUCGAGGGGAGUAAAACAAGCGUACGCAGACGCGGGAUUGGGCGUGACCCGACAAUCGGAUUGGAUAACAGGAUGCGAGUUGAGCUGUUUUGGGUUUCGCAGGGUUUCACGCGCUCCGGACGAAGCUAAGCUGCAGCCUUUUGCCCCAGCAGCUACUUUCAAAUUUGAGAAAAUACCCGCACAGGCCGCAGCACGGCAUCGUUUUCACACUUUCACCGUGCCGUGCGUGGCUUCACGCUUUUACGGAUCCGCUGUGCAACGUUUUGACUACAGCAUUAAAAAGCCUCCCACGAUCGGCCGGACUUUGGAGUGUCUUCUCGAGGGAUCGCGAGGUCGCCUGUUCGCCAUAUUGCGCGCAGCCAAACUCGGUGGAAAGUUGUCAAGAGUUAUGACAUUUGCUGCGCACGAUCCCGUCAUGGACAUGCAUGCUGUCGACUUUGAUCGAAACCAAAGGGACUCCAUGGAGCUGUCCAUGGAGAACUCUGUGCGCCAAUAA